GUCAGGAUACCAUUUUCGUUAACUAAUGCAUAAUCUGUUGACAUGUAAAUUGAAUGCAAUAUUCAUCCAUUGGGUACAAGGUGUUACUGAAUACAACCGGUUGGUUUAAUACAGGACGAAGCGUCCACUGUAAGAAAGCGAAUCGAAAGUGUGUGUGAGGGUUUGUUUACCGUUCACGUGAUUUAUACACCCGUAAAGGAGAACCUGACCGUGUCGAUACACCAUUUAAAAAGUAACUGAGACAAGUAACCCAAAAUGGAAAGUGCAGAAACAAAGGAGGAAGUCACGAAAACGAUGUCUCCAGUGACAGAACACACUGUAACCAUCCAGCAUGUGAAGGGAGACCUGUUCUCCUGUCCGCAGAGUGAGUCUCUGGCUCAGUGCAUCAGCGAGGACUGCCGCAUGGGGGCUGGGAUAGCCGUGCUCUUCAAGAGGAAAUUUGGGGGCGUCCAGGAGCUGCUGGGACAGAAGAAGCAGCCUGGCGAGUGUGCAGUGCUCAGAAGAGGAAAGCGCUUUGUUUACUAUCUGAUCACAAAGAAGAAGGCUCACCAGAAACCGACCUAUGAGAGCCUGCGAAAGAGCUUGGAGGCCAUGAGGGAGCACUGUGUCAGCAAUGAAGUCAGAAAACUGUCAAUGCCCAGGAUUGGCUGCGGACUGGAUCGUCUGGAUUGGAAGAAGGUGGCAGUGAUGAUAGAAGAGGUGUUCCAAAAUACUGACAUCCAGAUCACCGUGUACUCUCUCUGAGAGGCAGCAUGGGCCGAGCUGGGACUGGGACUUGCCCUGGCAUUGACCGUGCCACCCUGGCUGCCAUUGCCAUCUAGUCAACUUCCCUCAGACUGCAGAUUCAGCUUCUGGUUGGUUGGCAUUGGCAGCCCUGGUUUAUAAAUCAACGCACCUUACACUAAUUCUAGCAAAAGUGGGACAGUGUUGGGUGUAGCAAGAUAAGAGUCUGAUGUGAAAUAUAAUUCCUUUUUUUUCCCUUUUAAAGAUGAGAAAAUAUUGUUAUGAGUUCUUUAAACAAAAUGGACAGUAUAAAACAAAACAUUUUGAUUCAUGUUUAAAUCUCAGGUAAUUUUUUUUAUUUUUUGUUUAUCAUUAUAUGAGGUUGUCGUGAACAUGUUUGUGUUUUAUGAAAGUCUAGUGUUGUUUUUUGUAUAUUGUAAAGCUACAGCACUUCGAUGGCUCUCCGGGAUCAUUGCAAUGAAGGAGUUCAGUGCUUAUUUAUGUUGUCGUUCUUGUUAAUGAAGCAUCAGUGAUAUUGUUAGUUAUGAUGCAGAUGGCUAUGGUGUCAUGUCUGUAUUGCAGGGAUGAGAGUUCAUCACAGUACAGAGGAUAUGUGCCUGCAUGUCUGAACUGAUAGCCAUCAUGCAGCUACAGUACUGCCAUUCUGGGAUUGCACAGUGGGCUAUCUUAUCUGAUUAUCAUCACUAUAGACCAAAGCAGAUUUAUUGUUAAAUAGAAGAGAUGGAAAAAAUAUAAAUAUAAGGGAAAGGGUCAUUUAAGCUGUUUAUUCUAAGAUCUGUGAUGCAGUGCUAAGCCACUGGGUGGCACUAUAUGCUGUUAAAUAAAUCCAUUUAAACAGACCAUUGUUACAGAAGUUGGCUACCAGUCAGAUCU